AUUAUCAGAGCGAGUAUUACGGCCCUGGAAGCAAUUACGAUUUCUUCCCGCAAGGACCUCCAUCAUCCCAAGCUCAGACGCCCGUGGAUCUCCCGUUCGUGCCCUCCUCGGGGCCAUCGGGCACCCCUCUGGGGGCCAUGGACCACCCCCUGCCCGGACAUCACCCCCCCAGCGAGGCCCAGCGCUUCACUGACAUCAUGUCGCACCCCCCGGGAGACUCGCCCAGCCCCGAACCCAACCUGCCCGGGUCCUUGCACUCCAUGUCUGCGGAAGUUUUUGGCCCUAGUCCUCCGUUUUCUUCGCUAUCAGUCAACGGUGGUGCUAACUACGGCAAUCACUUGUCACACCCCCCCGAAAUGAACGAAGCGGCUGUGUGGUAG